UUUAGUUUUUUUUGAUUUAGUAAUUUGUUAGGAGUUUGAUGGCCUCCACCACCCAAGAAAUUGCGAGAUUUAAGCUCCGUUUUACAAACACAUAAGUAAUCGAAUCUCAUUUUAUAGAAAACCCUAAUUUUUUACCCAAAGAGAUUUGUUUCCUUGAUAUACACGUUUCUCUUUCUAUUGUUCUUUCUUCUCUUUGAUCCAACUUGAGGUAAUGGCAACGACGUCAACCACGACAAAAGCAAAACCGGACAACCCAAACCUAACCAGAAGCAGAUCUCUCGGCAGAAAACCAAAGCCACCUUCGUCGUCGACGGUGUCAUCAGAAGAUGGUUCUGAUCAGAAACCGGAGAAGCCUUUACCAAACUAUCUGAAACCAACAAUCAGUUCGAGACCUGAUCCAGUCAAGUUCUCGAAGAAGAACAAUAGUAGUCUUGAUGAUAACCAGAAGCUUCUCCGUAGAAGAUCCUUUGAUCGACCUCCUUCUUCUUUGACUUCUCCUUCUAGUUCUUCUGCUACUCCGCGUAUCCAAAAAUCCCUCAACGUAUCUCCUUCUCGCCCGCUAGAUAGACCAGCGGUUCCUAGAGAGAAGCCUGCCACAGCUCUACGCUCUGCGUCUUUCCAUGGAAGCAGAAACGUUCCAAGAGGAGGCAGUACUACAGCGAAAUCGCCUCCUGUGGUCCCAAAGAAGAGCGGGUUGAGCAGUAGUAGCAAUUCUUCCAAGAGCAAAAAGGAAGGUUCUGAAAAUGUUAAAGUGAAGAAAGAAUCUGAUAAAGAGAUUGCCUUGGAUUCUGCUUCUCUAUCGUCCGCUCAGGAGGAUCAUCAAGAGGAGAUUCUCAAGGUUGAGGGUGAUGAUCAUGUAAAAGUUGUUGAAGUUAUAGAAGAACCAAAAGAUGAAAAAGAAAACAAAGAAGUGCAAGUAGAUCAGGUUGUUCAAGCCGAUGAAUCCGGUGAAGAGAAGAAUGAAAGUGGUGGAUCAACAACGGUUGUUCCUCCUGUUGGGAAAGAUUGCACUGUUGUCAUCAAAGAAUUAGAAGAUAAAUUGAGCAAUGAAGUUAAAACCGAAGUGGAAGAGAAAGUGGAGGAAACAAAAGAACAAGACAACAAGGGUGAAGACGGGGAAGAGGUUAGUGAAAAGAUUGAUGAGAAUGAGACUCUGGAGAAGGUUGAUAUUGACAUGAAAGAAGAUGAAAAUGUCGAAGAGACUACAGAAGAAAAAGAAGAAGAAAAUGAAGUGAAAGAAGAGGAAAGGGAAGAGGUUAAAGAAGAAGAAGAAAAAGUGAAAGAAGAGGAGAAGGGAGAAGAGAAGGAGAAGGAGAAGGUGAAAGAAGAAGAGUCAGGAGAAGGAAAGAAGAGGGAAGUAGUGAAAGGGAAGAAGGAAUCUUCAUCAGCUUACAACGAUGUAAUAGCAAGUAAGAUGCAAGAGAACCCGAGGAAGAACAAAGUUUUGGCUCUUGCUGGAGCUUUCCAAACCGUUAUUGACUACGAAACUGCUGCAUCUAAGUAAUAUAUAUGAUAUAUCACACAACAACAACAACAACAAAAACAAUAUCAUCUUUAGCUUUUUAAUGUUAUCUUUUUUUUUUGUCUUUCUGUACUAAUCAUCAUUUUUUCCAUUGUUAUAGUUUUCUCUCUUGUGAAAUUGUAUGCUUUUUUGGAGUGAACAAAGUCACCUAAUCAUAUGUUUGAAUGGAUUGGAUUCAUUGGUGAAUAUAUGUCAUGUCUUUUAACUCCAAGAUACUCCUAUUAUUUACUAUAUGCAGCAAAAUCUAUUUGUU